AUGGCUCUGCGUACAGUGGCACGCUGGUACAAGAUUCGCACGUUUCCCUCGGAAUUCGAGGACCUGGCCAUGUAUCUUGCGCUGGUCUCGUUCAUAAACACGGUUGCGCUAUACCUGACCACGAUUCCGACAUACUUCAACGUCGAGGCCAUCGUGGCCGGAAAAAUGGCAAUCUACGCUUCGCUUGAAAAAGACCUGGUAGUAAUGCUCAAGGAGUUCUUCGUCGUUCAGUUCUUCUUCUGGCUCACUUUGUGGGCCGUGAAAUGGAGCUUGCUAUUCCUGUUCAGGAUGCUCACAGACAGGCUGCCGAUUUACAAUCGGGUUUGGUGGGUCGUUAUUGUUUUCUCGGUCCUGACCUUUAUUGGGUGUGCCGUCAGCAAUUUUACCGCUUGCUCUUCCAUGCAUGCGUGGUUCGAUGCCCUGGCAUGCCAGACUCCGAGGGAUGCGCGGGCAAAAGCCAUCAGCUUGUGGUUCAGCCUGGGGGCUGAUCUAGCGACAGACCUCUUGAUCAUGCUGAUUCCUGUCCGUGUUCUCUGGACGCUCAAGAUCUCUACGGUGGAGAAGUUCAGUGCUGCCUUUGUGUUCGGUGUGGGCAUCCUGACCAUGAUUACUGCCAUCAUCCGCAGUGUGUCCUUGGUGUCAAGCACAAGUGCAGGCCAAGUCAGCACGACGUGGCUCAUGAUGUGGGCUGCAAUCGAAGGAGCUGUGGCAAUUGUCGUCGGGUGUCUCCCAUCAUUUGCCAUAAUCAUCAAAGGCCGCGUCGCCGCUUCUCGGGCUCACAACGACGGAAGCUCCCCUACCCCUAGAAACAUGACCUUCUUCUCGGCACGCUCGAGGCCCCGUUCUCCUUUUAGCAGCACGCAGCCGUCCGAUUGGCAAACGAACGAUACGGCGAGCGACAAAGGCCUGGUUGGUGGCCGGAUCGUCGUGACGCAACACAGGAAUCAUUCUUGGCAUACCAUUGAAGAACAGCAACGUUGGGGGGAUGGAAUCCGCGAAGCACACGAGUUACAGACGCUUCCGGUAUAA